AUGGUGAGUUACAUCAGGUUUCUGUAUGCCCUUUUCCUGGCGUUGGACGCGAAUUUUCGACUUCGGAGAAAGGAUGUUUCAUCCGAAGCAAAGGACCCCGGUUUGAGCAAGGGAUAUGCAUUCUAUUGUGAGGUCGUACAAUACAUGGAACACGUCAAGACGCAUUGGAGACAAACUCAGGACCGAAGUCAAUGUGUUGCGCACGAUGCAGUGGACAAACCCGACCGCGAAGCCAGAGGAACAGCAUCAUCUGGUGUUUGUACCGUAGAUUGCGCGAGGCACAACAUGAAACGCACAAAUGGUGUGGGAGAUCUGCAGUUGGGAGAACGCUAUAUGAAUAUGGACUACAUGUUCUUCAAGAGCAUUGCGGGUAGCGACCUACAGUGUUUCUUCAUCUCGUAUGAUAUUGCGUGCCAAUGGAGUAUCAAACUGUGGCAGCGGAUGGAGGAAUACUCACCGACACUUCACUUCGAGCAUGGGUCCCGAUAUGUUCGCUUUCUGGUCCCUAAAUUCCAUCUCCCCGCGCACAUCGAGGAGUGCAAUGUGCAUUACUUGUUCAAUCUCAUGCGUGGUGUCGGCGAGACUGACGGUGAAGCACCAGAACGUGGCUGGUCCGACACCAAUGGUCUAUCGGGUGCAACGAUGAACAGCGGACCGGGAACCCGCCGCGAUCGCCUGAAUGACUUCUGGAACGACGCAAACUUCAAAAAGAUUGUGAAACUUGGAACAUCCUUGCGAGACAAGAUGCUGAACGCUUUGCCACUCAUGAUCGAAGCAGCAAAAGCAUUUGUGGACCUCGAGAAGUCCUUUGACUCAUCCACACUUGCGACAUGGCUUGUAAUGGCACGUCGAUGGGAAGACGAUCCAAAGGCACCAAACCCAUUUCAGUCCGCAAAGCGAGACAAGCACUUGGCCCAGGUUCGAAGGGAAUUAGCGGAAGAAGCGGAGGAAAGGGAAGCUGCCGGUAUCGAGGAGAGCAAUAUGGUCCGCGCGGACAUGCAUGUCACUGAGUUCUUGGUGUUGGGGUUACAGCUCGAGGAACAACAACGACAGCUGGAGCACGACAUGAGAGCUGUCGGCCGACAUCCCACCGACAAGCAACGAGCGGCAAUGACGGAGCGAUCGAGCAAAUUGCGGCGGAAGAUUGUGACAUGGACAGAGAUCCAGUCGCUGUUCUUUCCCAAUGUCAACCGAUUGCGAGAGAUGGAAGACAAAGCACGCGCGAAGGCAGCUGAAUCGCAAACGGUACCUGGCUUGAAGGUCUACGAACUCAAGCUCUGGUUACCGUCACAGCUGGUUGCCUUUCCUGGUGCAUGGAUUCCCGUUGACUCCUCCGCCAACAUCCUCAAUGCUGAGUAUCGCCUGCGAGUUGGGCAAGCAAAUGAGGCUUUGGACGAGAUCCGGAAGAAUCUCAUUGUUCGCACGCAUCUGUAUUCGGUGAAGGAUCGGCACAAAGAGGGUGUUCGAGCACACACGCGUGCAAUGGGCAAGAUCGCGGUUGUGAACGAGAGGAUACGGAGACUGGCAGAGAAGUACAGGGCUGCGUGGUCCGCUUUAGGCAGACUGGGGCCAGUGCUGGGACAUAUGGAGUGGCGAUCAACUCUCCUUGCAUUGGAAUCGGAUGACUUGCGUCCGCUGCCAAAGAAUCACUUUGGGGACGUAACACGACAGAGGGCUACACAAUCGAGAAACAAGAAGAAGAGCAAGUCGAGCCAAUCAAAGCCCGCUGCAGUGCCAGUUCCACGGAAGCCGUCAUGGAUCUGGACAACGGCGCUUUCAGGCAGCAUGGCAACAGGGAGCUUGGGUGCAAACGAAGCUUUGCGAAUUGAAUGGGCAAAGACUCGCGCCAAGGCCAUGCGUUGGAGAGAAGAAGUUGAUCUGUUGGAAGAAGAGAUGCGCCGUGUAACGCAGUUCAUGGAAUGGAGAGCGAAAUGGUGGACAGACCAAGUCGGACAACGGGAACUCGAGCCUGGAGCCCAAUUGGAAGGCGAAACGGCUUAUGCGCUGAGACAAGCGGAUCUACAGCGCCGUCUGCUAUCCUCGUUCCAGCUUCUUUGGUCCAAGGCGAACCUGCAGUCCAAGAUUGCAGAAGCGCGCAAGGAGAUGAUGCAAGGCGAGUCGGAUCAAGCCUCAGGGGACCACGAAGGCGGCGGAGACAGCACCGGCGCCGACAACGAGUAUGAUGCCGAGAGUGACGAAGAUGAGAGCGAGGGUAGUGAGGACGAAGCUGUGACGUUAUCGACAGCAACGAGUCUGGUCUUGGCGGACGAUUGA